GUAAUAAAGCUCCUACAGUCAAAGUACCACUACAAAGAAGAGGCUGAAAGCAUAUGUGAUAAAGUUCAAGUUAAACUCAGCAGGGAAUGUCUCCAUCCUUACAGCCCAUGCAUCACAGAGGUCAGGACUUCACACUGGGAAGAAGCAAUCCAGGAAACCAAAGGUGGGACUGGCAACAGGAAAUUGGCAGAAGAGUGUUAUUUCCUGUGGAAAUCUACACGUUUAGAGCAUAUGACCCUAGCAGAAGAUGUCAAAGCCAUGCUCACUGAACUUCGCAAAGAGGUCCGCCUGCUCUUGUUAACAAACGGUGACAGACAGACACAGAGGGAGAAGAUCGAGGCGUGUGCCUGCCAGUCGUACUUUGAUGCUAUUGUGGUAGGAGGAGAGCAGAAAGAAGAGAAACCAGCAGCUUCCAUAUUUUAUCACUGCUGUGAUCUCCUUGGAGUGCAGCCUGGGGACUGUGUCAUGGUUGGUGACACACUAGAAACUGAUAUCCAAGGAGGCCUCAAUGCAGGCCUGAAAGCCACAGUCUGGAUAAACAAGAGUGGAAGGGUGCCGCUGACAUCAUCCCCCGUGCCUCACUACAUGGUUUCCUCCGUGCUGGAAUUACCUGCUCUCUUGCAGAGCAUAGAUUGCAAAGUCAGCAAAUCUGUGUAAAUACACAGGAGGCACAGUGACCAUGGUCAGAGCCAGUUUCCAGGGCUAGAACUAAAGAAAGCUAAGGCACUAUGCAUAUUUGAUUCAGUUCUAAGAGUGAUGUGGGUGAGAGAUUCACAACCACGCUGUGAAGAUCCUCCCGACCCUGUUGCUGUUGAUAACCAUGCUCUUGUGUUCAUAUCUGAAAUCCAGGUUUUAAUUGUGUACUUGAAAAAACUUGAAGAAAGUUAGGAUAGCUUAUAUACUUGUUUAUAGAAUAGAAAUAGAUAAUUUUUUUAAAAUAGUCUAAAAUUGAGAUUCAGGAUCAAUAUAAGUACUAAAUCAUACAGAUCAAGGACAAUUCAAAGUGAAAUUAUAUAUU